AAUCAGACGGUCUCUCUCCGUGUCCAUCUGCAUGACACCAUCCGUAGAAGUUAGUCUUCCAUGUCGAGGAACACAUUUAAAAAAAAAAAUCUCCGUUAUACCGACAACUUUAGCUAUACGUGUGACAGAGAUAUCGUUGGACGGAAACAAAGACACAAUGAUGUGUCACUGUGACUUGAUGAAACAUUGUAUCCGUACAGUUUCGUGAAAGGGUGUGAACGCAUAGUGUCUGGUGCAUACCGCUUCUGGCGACCAGAUGUAGAAUUGUGCAUUUACAUUACAAGGGAAUGGAAAUUUGCAAUAUUGAAACUGUUCUGUAAAGAAUCGGGGAGAAGACAAAAAAACGACAGAGAAACGCCGUUUCAGGAAAACCGAUAUCUAAAAUGUUGUCUAAACUGUCGUGGUUUGUGCUGUGCUGGCUUGGACUCUUAAUUCUGCCUCCUGGAUAUUGCGCCGGUUCGUUGCCGAGUGCUGCAAACACUUUGGUAUGGGGCCCUGGACUGGAAGCAAAUGUUGUUCUUCCUGCACGAUUUUUCUUCAUACAAGCAGUGGACAGCAAUGGGAGAAAUCUGACGUCUUCCCCAGGCGAGGGCACCUUCAAGGUGAAGAUCGUGUGUCCCACAGAACAGUUCUCCAGGAUCUGGAUCCAGGUUCUGGAUCGCAGAGACGGCUCUUUCCUCGUACGCUACAGGAUGUACGCCAGCUACACAGACCUGCAUAUUGACGUUCUGCUCGAAGACAAGCAUGUCGCCAAGUCUCCGUUCACUGUGAAAGGCCCCGUGUACCACGAUGGCUGUGACUGUCCCCAGCCCAGUGGGGCAGAGUGGCAGCGGGACAUGCACUGCCCCUCCUCCUUCCCCCAGAUAGAGAGCGACCUGGCCCUCUACCCCAGGGUGGACCCGGACCGCAACGCCCAGGAGAUUCCCCAGCGCUUCGGCCAGAGACAGAGCCUGUGUCACUACACCAUCAAAGACAACAAGGUCUACAUUAAGACUCUAGGAGAACAUGUGGGGUUCCGGAUCUUCAUCGACGCCUUUCUCCUUUCUCUGACCAGGAAGGUGCGUGUUCCUGACGUGGAGUUCUUUGUGAACCUGGGCGACUGGCCCCUGGAGAAGAGGAGUCCCUCAGACAAGCUGCACCCCAUCUUCUCCUGGUGCGGCUCCAACGACACCAGAGACAUCGUCAUGCCAACCUACGACCUCACCGAGUCGGUCUUGGAGACCAUGGGAAGGGUGAGCCUGGACAUGAUGUCUGUUCAGGCCAACACGGGCCCCCCAUGGAGCGAGAAGAAUGCCUCUGCCUUCUGGAGGGGGAGGGACAGCCGUAAGGAGCGCCUGGAGCUGGUGAAGCUGGCCAGGGCGCACCCCAACAUGGUGGACGCUGCCUUCACCAACUUCUUCUUCUUCAAGCACGACGAGAGCCUCUACGGGCCGCUGGUCAAGCACGUGUCCUUCUUCGACUUCUUCAAGUACAAGUACCAGAUUAACAUCGACGGCACGGUGGCUGCGUACAGGCUGCCCUACCUGCUGGCAGGGGACAGCGUGGUCCUGAAGCAGGACUCAGGAUACUACGAGCACUUCUACAGCCAGCUGCGGCCGUGGGAGCACUACAUCCCCGUCAGAGCCGACCUGGGAGACCUGCUGGACAAGAUCACCUGGGCCCGCCAGCACGACCAGGAGGCAAAGAAAAUUGCAGAAGCUGGUCAGCAGUUUGCCCGCUCACAUCUCCUGGGAGACAGCAUAUUUUGUUACUACUACAAGCUUUUCCAGGAGUAUGCCAAGCUGCAGGUGAGGGAGCCCAGGGUUCGAGAGGGCAUGGAGAGCGUUCCCCAGCCCUCGGAGGACCUCUUCCCCUGCUCCUGCCACAGAACACCGCCUAAAGAUGAACUUUGAUCGGUCCUGUGUUAUAGUAUCAAACAAUUGCUUAAUUGUGUGUACAUGUAUUAUUAAAUGAUUGUUGUUACUAUUUGUAUUGUUGCCUCCUGCUCAAUAUGUUGCUUUGCACAUUUUUAUAAUAAAUAUUUUUU